AUGUCUUCGGACGAACGGCAUCAGAGCGGCUCAGGGCAGUCGGCCGACCACAAUAAACGUAGAAGACCCAAUGCUUGCGAUAUGUGUCGGAAGAGGAAGAUUCGAUGUGAUGGAAGACAGGUCCGUACUGGAAAAUGUACGAACUGUACCGUACGGGAGUGGGACUGCGAGUUUGGUAGCUUCGUUGCGAAGGGAAAAUACUCUGGAUACAUCGAAGCCCUUGAGGUGAAGGUCAAGAGGCUUGAAAGUCUGAUCAGGCAACUGCUACCUGGCCGGGACUUUACAAAAGAAGUAGGCUACGAGCUAACGCGGGACAACUGGAUGAUGCCUGGUGUAUGCGGCACGUCUACACUGGACGAUCCCGAGGAAGACACUACGUCGGUCAAUAGUGUGAUGCCUACGCCUCCUGCGGCGAGAUCAGACGCCCUAUCGGUUCUCCGCCCGGAUCAUGCCCCACCUCUAACUCCUCCGGUUGAGGACGACCAUAUGUCAGACGAAGAGAGCAGUAUCACGACGAAGCUACAGCAACUUCCUACGAUGACGUCCGCGACCACGCCAAAUAAGUCGAUUUUGAUCAACUAUAUGGGCAGGUCGUCUUCAGCAGCCCUUCUCAAGACCGCAAUAGCGCUCUGCUCUCGCCUAGCACCACAUGUGGACUCAGGCUCAAUAUUUGAGAGGGCCCGUAAACGGCCUGACUGGCUCAACGAUCUCGGGAAGGACCAGCCUCAAGUGCAAUACAGCUUUCCCGAUCCAGAUGUGCAGGACGAACUAGUAGACCUCUACUUCUUGCAAGUACACACGUUUGCACCAAUACUUCACCGUCCGACAUUUGAGCGCGAUCGAAAGGCUGGGCUACACCUACAUGAUCGGACCUUCGGCGGUGUUGUGCUUCUCGUCUGCGCAUUGGCGGCGCGUUUUUCGGACAAACAACGCGCUUCCGCUGAGCAUGAGAAGCAUUGGCACACUCUCGGGUGGCAGUGGUUCUCCCAGGUAUCUCUAUACGACGUUGCACGGAUGAUCAAGCCGAACUCGCACCUUCAUGGCUUGCAGAUUCUAUGCCUGGGGGUCAUGUAUAGCAUGAUGUUCUCUCACGUUCAUGCUUGGAUUCAUGUCGGUCUGGGCAUUCGCCUCGCGUUGGAUAUUGGGGCCCACAAGCGACGCGCGUAUGGAGUCACUCCAACUCUCGACGACGAACUCUACAAGCGGAACUUUUGGAUGUUGCACUACUUGGAUCGCACAUUGAGUAGCAUGAUGGGCCGUCCGUGCUGUAUACAAGAAGAAGACUUCGACUUGGAACUUCCUCUAUGUUGCGACGAUGAAUAUUUGGUGCCCGAAGAUACGCAAAAGAUCGUGAAGCAACCGGAGGACAAACCGUCAUACACAGGAUACUUCAUCUCGAUACUCAAACUCUGUCAAAUACAGGGUCUGGCUCUUCGUACGAUGUAUGCAAGUACCAAGGCUAGGACGCACUAUAACUUCCAGGGAAAAGACUGGACAUCGCGUACCAUCGCACAUCUAGACUCACUGCUCAAUAACUGGGCCGACUCUAUCCCCGAUCACCUGCGCUGGGAUCCAAAGCGAGAGAACGAUCUCUUUUUCUGUCAAUCAGCACAUCUCCAUCUCGAGUACCAAAAGCUUCGUAUCAUGGUCCACCGUCAGUUCCUCGGCACUUUUCAGCUCACGGCAUGUUCAUCUCCGGCACUCACGAUCUGCAUGAAUGCCUCUCGUUCAAUUGUGCACUUGGUAACGGCAUUGAUCGAGCGCGUACCAGGGCGUACGACUCUUGUGCGGUGGGAUGCUGCCUACGCGGCUAUGGUAAUGCUUGUAGGAGUAGGCAUCGCGCGGCUAAAUAACUUAACGAGCUUCGACCGUAAACGAAUUUCGGCCGACAUCGAAAGCAUGCUAAGUGUGCUGCGUGUCCAAGAGGACGUCUGGCGUUGCGCAGGAUCCUACGCAGACGCUCUCGGCGUAUUCAUGGCUAUAUGCGGGGAUGACAGCCCUGACGCGGAUCCCACGCGGCAACGCAAGCGCCGACACGAAGAUGACACUCCGGUGUCAUUGAAUCCGCCGACUCUUCCUUCAGAGUCUCCGGCUCACGAUGAUCUGCUACGUGCAGAGCUGGAAUCGCCUUCUAUCUUCACGUCAGCUGCAAUACAAGAGCAAACGAACGUGAUGGACCAAGGGCCAGAUGCUGCGAUGUCACCGAGUGCAGGCGCCUUUCUGGGAAACAUCAACUUCGGGUCUCUUUUCGGGUUCGGGGAUGCGAGCUUCGAAGCCGCACAGACGCAACCUGGUGUCGAAUGGAACUCAGGUGUCAACAGGCCGGCGGCUGGCUUCAAUGAUAAUACGAGUGUCAAUGUUGGUCCAGAGGACUGGACUUUCAUGUCCUUCGACUUUGGCAUGGGCGCGGAUUGGCAAUGGUUGACGCCGGCUCCGGAAGAGACGGGCUACAGAGCGUGA